CCGUGUCACGCCACCUUGUCUACAAAUUGGAGGUUCGUAGCCAGCUGUAAGGAGGUUUAUUGUUUGAGCUGCUUCUGAACCGCAAUUCAUCACCGACAAAAAUGCCUGAAUACACCAUUAUAUACUUCAAUGUCAGAGGGCGUUGUGAAGCAAUGAGGAUGCUUCUGGCUGAUCAGGGCGUGGAGUGGAAGGAAGAUGUUAUAAGUGUGGAAGCUUGGGGGCAAGGCAAUCAAAAGGCUAAAGCGGUAUUUGGACAGCUUCCUGGGUUUAAAGAUGGUGAUAUUGUUUUGUACCAGUCUAAUGCCAUUCUGCGCCAUCUUGCCAGGAAACAUGGUCUGUAUGGGAAGCAGCCAAAUGACGCGUCUCUGAUAGACAUGAUGAAUGACGGAGUAGAAGAUCUUAGGCUGAAGUACAUCCGUCUUAUCUAUCAGAACUAUGAGGAAGGGAAGGGAACCUACAUUAAGAAUCUCCCUGAUGAGUUAAAGCACUUUGAGCGUUUUCUCUCAGAGAAUAAUGGAGGAAAAGGCUUUCUUGUAGGAGAAGAGAUUUCCUUUGCUGAUUAUAACCUUGUGGAUCUUCUGCUCAAUCACCUUGUACUGGCUCCAGAGUGUCUCGCAGACUUCCCUCUUCUCUCAGCAUAUGUCGAGCGCGUCACUUCUCGACCCAAGAUCCAGGCCUUCCUCUCCAGUGAUGCCCACAAAAAAAGACCAAUUAAUGGCAAUGGAAAGCAGUAACUCGACGAACAGCUGUUUGUGGUUUCUGUGUGUCAAUUACAGUAAUAAACCAUUUGCAAGUCAAA